AUGACGCGUCAAGCACUGGAAGGUGAAGACAGCAGACUACAAGGAGAGACAACAACGGGAUGGGCUCCCCAAGCCAAGUUGCCAAGGCCUUGGGCCCCAUUUGCCAAGGCGCCAAGAGGCAAGGCACCAAGGAAAGUCGCCAAAAGCCUUGGGCAUCACUUGUCGGCUCUGCUACUUGCUUUGUCCAUUGCUCCGAUCUGA